AUGCUGCGCAAGCCGCCGUCGCUCCACCAGGCGAGCUCAGGGUUAGGGAUGAGGACAGGCUUGAGCCCCCCAGGCCGGAAUGCGUGGUCCAUCACAAGUUCAAGGUGCCUUCACCCCAUUGUCUCAGACUCUCAGUUAACCCUCGGAUGCCACGGUUAUAGGAGCAGAGUCCGGGUGCGCGUCUCCAGGAUUUGGGUGGCCUCCAAUCCAAAAACUGGCGAGGAAUACGGUCUCCGCUGCCUCCUGAUCGACGGCGAGGGUGUAGUUAUGCAAGCGUGGGCGCGUCCCUGCGACACGAAGCGACUCAAACACCAGCUAGUUGAAGGGAAGGUCUAUGCCUUGUCGAAUUUUGAAGUGGGCAAAAAACUAAAGUCCUACAUGGCCUGCAGCAAUGGUUUAGUGAUUAGCAUGGGAGAACAGACAGAGGUGGACGAGAUUAACGAUCGCGCCGGUUCUUCGAUACCUCUCCAUAGCUUUGAGUUUGUUAAUUUUGGUGAUGUUCCUUCUAGGGACAAAGACACGAGCUUGCUUACAGAAAUAAGAUUUAUAGUUCACUCAACUUCAGCUUCAAAAUACUACCUGGAUUUGGAUGUAGAGGAGGUGCAAAAGUUCCGUGCAAGCUUGGAUGGUCCAUAUAAACCGAUCGAUUGCCUCCCAUGUUGGCUUCAAAAACCUGUAAAUCCAACUAAGUUAAUUGAUAGCUGGCGAACAAUAAAGCAGCUGAGAAACCUCAAUUCAGAUGAAUUACAGCGCACCUGGUUGUGCAGAGCCACCUUGAAAGGCAUAGACUCCAAUAAAGGUCGGUCAUACCAGUCAUGCUUUCACUGCCAUCACUCGAUCAGUUGGGAUGGAAGCAAAUUCUUGUGCAACGAUGGUUGUCCAAAUAACAAGUUAUCUGUUAGGUACAAGCUGGAUGCAGUGAUGGAAGACGAGACAGGCUCUAUGAAUGUCAUGAUAUUUGAUGGUCCAGCACAAAAGCUUGUAGGUGUUGCAGCAGAGCUUAUUGGAAAGGUCACAGGUGAUGGCAUCUCAGCUGUCAUCAGUUCGCAACAGAGACGUGCCUUUGUUGUGGACUUUGGCAAUGGGUGCUUCGUGGUGAAGCACGUCCUGAACGAUGAUGAGCUGCAGCUGCUCGAUAGUGGUUAUCAUAGUGAUUUGUCACAGGAUGAGGGCUCUUAUGCAUCCCAUGGCUCCAGUUCACAAGUGAAGAAGGAGAAGAUGGUGAUCAAAGAAGAGAUGGAAGCAACCGUUGGUGGUGAAGAGCCAGAGGUUGAGAGCUCUUCUGCAUCUUGCAGCCCGAGUCCCCUAAAAAAUGUUAAGAGGAGGAUAUGGAGAUUGAAGAAGAAAGAGAACCAAAGAGGCAGAAGACUGCCAAAGGCAAUGGCUUAG